AUGUCUCCUCUCUGCGAGUACCUGACUGUCUUAGAUGGCUCCCGCAAACGCCCUUAUGACACCGUGAAGCCACUCGCCGACGACCUGGGCCUCAAAAUCGACCACUCCUGCGAUCGCGAUGACCCGAAAUGCGUCAAAGACAAAGUCAACAACUACUCCGGAUCAGGCAAUGUUUUGAUCUGCUGGGAACAUGAUGCUCUAACAGAUAUUGUGGAGAAGCUGGGAGAUGACAAUGCGCCAAAGUAUCCUGGUGACAGAUUCGAUCUGAUCUGGACAGAUCCGCCAAAGUACACGAGCAUCACAGACGAGUACAGCGAGAAUUGUCCAGGAUUGGAUAAUUGA